AUGUAUCACCUUUUGUUUAAGCAGAAGCAUCUUUUUGGAAUGCUAUCCAUUUUAUCGGGGAGGGCUUGGACAGGGAGCAUCCAGGAGAGGCUGCAUAUUGUAAUUAACACAAGUGGAGGCAGGCUGCUGCAUCUGCCCGCCCGCCCGGAGAGGAAGAACCUGUUGAAUUUGCUAGGAGCUAUUGCUGUGAGGACAGAGCCACAGUUCCUGGGAGUACAGCAGCCACAAGUGGAUGGAGUAGCUGCUUCAGAGCUAUGCUGUGGGGAAGAGGCAGAGGCCUGGAUUUUGGACGCUGGAUGCCCUUUUGGGUUAGAGCCUCCACUUUUGCCUCCUAAGUGUGGGAAGGAAGAACACGCAGCUCCCUUGCUUUCAGUCGGGUGAGCCAAGGAUGGCUGCGCUCUCCCAGCACCUCAGGAUCCUGCUCUGGAAGAACUGGCUGAGUGUCAAGAGGCAGCUGGUAUGGUCGUUUGUUUUAAUUUCCUGGCCUGUGGUUGUUUUCAUAAUCUUGGCCAUUAUCCGUCUCAAAUUCCCUCCAGAACCGCAGCAAAACUGUUACCUUGCACCCCGAAACCUUCCCAGUGCAGGCUUCUUCCCAUUCCUGCAAACAGUGCUGUGUGAUUCCGAUGCCAGGUGUAAAGGCACACCAUACACACCAGAAGAUCUGCUGCCAAGACUUAAUGACAUCUCAUCCCUCAGACUUAAGCGCGGGAGCUCAUCCAGUGUAGCCAAGGACAGGCAGCCAUCACCAUGGAGUGCAGAGGUUCCUGAAAGCAGGAAUGCUUCACUGGCAUUUGGAGAUUUGGUAUCUCAUGGAGAAAAAAACCUUCAGAAUGUUUCAUCACCAUCCAACUUGACUUCCAGCACCCACACGUUCAACAAGGUCUUCAGUUUUGAGAAGAGGCAGCCCCAGUACUCCACUGCAGGGAACCUCAGGGCCCUGCUGUGCCAGGUCUUGUCGCGGUACCUGGCGCAUCCCGGUGCCACGGGAGGGAGCAUGGCAGCCAAUAUCCACCACACCUUCUGCUUCACCAACUCCUCACUUCUGGAGUCCUUUGCCCAGGAGUUCAGGACCCAGCUCUCCCAGGUGCAGCACAACACAGAGUACCAGGAGACCUUCGUCAAUGAAAUGGUCUCAUUUCUGACACUCGUCUCCCAAGUGCAGAAUGACACCUCCCUGUGGCACCUGCUUUUGCUGGCCCCAGAUGUGUUUCAGGACAACAUGCAACUGCAAGACAUAAUUGAUUUCCUUCAGAAUCCAAGCAGUGUUGUGCUGGCAGCUCAGAAUGUCUCUGCAUCUCUUGUGGGUGAUGAUAGAUUCAAAACUGUUCAGAAUGAGGUUACAGAUUCUCCACAUUCCCUGAACUGCUUGGAGCAAGAUAAAGAAAGAAGUUGGGUGACCAGAUCUAUUUGUAAUUCCUUUGCUCACUGGAAAGACAAUCACACUUUAGUAUCUGAAUUGGAGGAAGUUCUAAGAAAAAUAAAGUCACCAGAGAUUGGUGGAAAGCACUCCAAGAGGUCCAUUAAUUCAGAUGAUUUAGAAGCCAUACAAAACCAUCUACAUCGUUUAAAAGGCUUUGAGGAAAAAAUGAAUAGAAGUGAAUUAAAAAGCUUAAAUCUAUUCAGAAAUUUGAAGAAUGAAACAUUACAGAAAUUGUAUGCAUUUCUUGAACUGGGAAUGAAUCCACAUCAUGAUUAUAAAUUAAAGGAACCAUAUAAUAAGGAAAUAAUUGAUGAAAUCUAUAACAUCACAUCACUGCAAUUACAGAGUGACUUUAAUGGGACUUCCAUUUUCAAGACAAUGACCCAGUGGAAAGAAAUUCAGAGGGCUUUAAAAUUAGCUACAAUGCUUUGGAAUCCAGCUCUCCUAAGUAAUUCCAAUUUUAGUACGUUGAAAACUAAGGAUGCUCUCAAAAUGUUGUUCUCCACAAACAUGCCAUCACUUCUGGAAAGUCUCAGAGACCGUUUGAGUGGAUUGCAAGAAAUCCCAUCUGUGUUUUCUGAUGAUCUGCUUGAGCCUGAGUCUUACAGAAACUUCCCAGAGAAGCUCCUAGCUCUUGAGAAGAUGAGUUUUAGAAUGAUAGGCACAAAUGUAGGUUAUCAGUACCUCCUGCUGCCUGUGUUUGAGCUGAUGAGGGCCGUAGAAAAGUCCAUGGGUGAGGCCUGGUGGGAUGAGUUGAACAUCUACUGGCACAUCGGGGAGAAGCUGAGAUCCAUGAGGUGGAAUAACACAGCCAUCAUCGCCUAUGGGCAGUUUUUGGAGGUGUUAAACAGCCAUUUGCAAAAGCUGAAUAAUAAAUCAAGUGGUGUCUUCAGUGAAGAGUUGGAUCAGCUGUCACAAUUCAUAACAGCUGUGUUUAAAGAGUUUGGGGAAAGCUCUGGAGUAGCCAAUAUCUCACAAGUCACUCAAGCCAUCCAAAAGACACUGUACAUCUUAAAAGACUUACAGCUGAAUUAUAAUGUCAGUACAUUAAAAUCUAUAGAUCUUUUCUUUAAUUUUAACAAUAAAACCCUGGAGAGCUUGUCUGAACUUCUGAGAACAGGAAUGAAAAUCCUUCAUUAUACAAGUGCCAGGGAAGGUUCCAGUGAUGACAUAAUUAACCCUAUCUAUAAUUUAACACAUCUUCUACUGCAAGAGUUCAGCCAGUCUCCCUCACCCCAGGAUGUGGGUGAUGUGUCCCCAUCCCAGCUUUUGAACAUGCUCCUUUCUGCCCUGCUGAACGAAACAGUGCUGAGCUCCCUGAAUUCCUCAGCCAGCUCAGCAGCCUGGGAAGGGCUGCCUGUGUUUUCCCACCUGUCACCACCUGCUUCCAUGAGGAACAGCAGUCUCUACGAGCUGCUACAGGUGGGCAGAGCUGCUUCCAGCCAGCCUGAGUGGGGACAUUUCUCCCGCCUGUGGCAUGCCACUGGCAGCCUGCUGACCUCCAAAUGGAGCCUAACAGAAGUGGGUGAAUAUGUGGAACUCCUGCAAAUUAUGAAGAAAGCUCUAAUCCUCGUGGACUUUGGGGUAGCUCCUGGAAAAGCACUUAUGCUUCAGAUCUUUCAUAAUUCUACUGAAGCAAUUGAAUCCUCAGAUCUGAGUGAUUUGCAUCAUUCUUUAAAACUCUUUCUCAAUUCAACUUCUGCCACAGACAGCACACUGGACUUGGAAAGAAUACUUCAAGAAGUACUUCCUCUGUAUGAUGGGGGUGGUGAAGGACUGUUCUACUCUAAUCCCUAUGGAAAAGAAAAUCAAGAUGUUCUCACUAUGGCUGCAGUGAUUUGGAAUGAGAUUAUUUUAAACAGGACUAAUUUUAAUACAGAGAAUGCAUGGGAGGUUAUCAAAAUGCUUGCACUCGAUGCAAUCUCUCUUGAAGACAUUGCAAAUUAUCUCAGCACAAAUGAAAACGUGUCAUCAUUAUUUUCUGACUUCUUGUUGACUCCUGGAACUUCUGAGAAUUUUGUGGAACAUCUUCUGUCCCUUGAGCAGCUUCUUGGUGCCAUGGCAAAGGUGAAUACCAGUGAUCAUUAUCUGCUGAUCUCUUCUUUGUCUCAGCUAAUGCAAAUACUCCUUCAUGGAAGGCAGGAAAAUGAACUUGAUGCUUUCUGGCACAUUGCUGACAGUCUUCAGUCAUUGAACUGGAAUAGCACAGACAGUCACACUGCCCAGUCACUUCUAGACAUGCUGCAAAAUCUGCUAAAUACAAUGGAAAAUUACUCCAGUCUUCCUUUCAGUAAGGAACUGAAGCAGGUGCUGAACUAUGCAUCCUCCAUCUUUGAUCUGUAUGAUGAAGAUGACUCCAGGGGAAACAACAUCUCCAUGUACUUGAAGGCCAUGCAGAGGGGUAUCUUAACUUUGAAAGGUUUGCAGAAAAGGUAUAACGUAAGUGAGCUUGAAUCUCUCAGCCUGUUACUUGAUUCUUACAGUAACUAUACCCAGAGACUGAUGGAAAUGUGGGGAGCAGGAAUGAAAGUUCUUCAUGACACCAACUUAAACAAAACAUUUGAGGAAAAAAUGGACAUUGUCUACAAUUUCUCACAUUUGCUGCUGCAGGAGUUCAGCCAGUCUCCCUCACAGCACAAUACCUCACUACAGGCAAAAAUUUGGGAGUUCUUGCGAUUAGCCUUGGAUCCUUUCCUUGAGCACAGCAGCAAUGGCUAUAGGACACUCCAGAACUGCUCCUUUGAAGAGCUGCUCAAUGUAGGCCUUGAGGUGCUGUUUGAAAAUGCCACUCUGUGGGAGUCCUCAGCCAGGAGCCCCUGCAAGCCCCUCUUGGAUUCCUUGGGCGUGGAGGGUGGGACAGGGAGCAAUGACACCUUUACCAGGGUGUUCCAGCUGGCCAUGAGCAACCUGAAACUGUCCCCAGAGUUUGCUGCUGCCUACAACAGCAGCAGGGAAAGCUUUUUCAAGGAGCUGUCGUGCCUCACCCAAGCUCUGCGUUUGUCUCUGAGUUUCCUUUCCAAGUUAAACCUUGUCUCUGAGCUGGGAAACUCGUGGCUCCAGGAGAAGGCGAGAGCUCUGAGUGCAGCCACAGAGGGGCUGGUGCAGGGUGAUGCCUCAUGCCCCAUCCCAGCCCAGGAUGUGGGUGAUGUGUCCCCAUCCCAGCUUUUGAACAUGCUCCUUUCUGCCCUGCUGAACGAAACAGUGCUGAGCUCCCUGAAUUUCUCUGACAAUGCAACAGGCUGGAAUAACCUGACCACGCUCUCCAGUGUGGCACAGGAUGAGCUCCACAACUUGCUGCAGAGGCUCCAGGGUGCCUUCAGCCUCACCAAAGGCAGUUACUACACAAGUGCCUGGGAUGUGUUUAACAGCCUCCUCAGCACCAAAGGGAAUCCAGCUGAAGGAGCUUCCCUUGCAAGGCUGAUGGAAGCAGUGGCAAGUGACUCUGCCAGCGAUCUGUCUGCUCUAGAAAUCACAGAAGCCACCCUCUACAUUCUCAAUGGGCUGAACAUCUCUGGCCUGCUAAACGAGUUCAAUAUAAGUUCCAGCUCAGCUUUUCUCUCCAACAAGACUAGUUUUAACAGUGUGAUUGAUUUUGUUGCUCAUCACUUCACUGUCGUGGCAGAAACCCUUUACAACAAGACCCUGCCUUGGACUCUGAGUGACCACACACUGUCCCCAACCAGCUUGAUCACACAAUUUCUGUUUUUAGAAUUUCAAAACACCAUCUUGAAGGUGACAGCGAAUAACAGCUAUAACCCUUACCUGAUGUGUUUAAUAAAUUCUGAGGAAGCUGAAGACAGGGAAUUGACAGAAAACAUCACACUGCUUUUGAAGCAAACUCAUCUGAAAAAGAACUCUUUUAUGCAAAAUAAUACCUCUGAGAAACAUUCAUCCAUACCAGAGCUCUUGAAGCUAAAAAUCUCUCACCUCCAGGAUCUGACAGCACUUCUGUGUGACUAUGAGAGCUUUAAGUCCAUCCAGCAGCUCUGCCACCUCCCUGAGGUUCCCUUUGGGGAGCUGUGUGAGCAAGGCCAGACUCAGGAGCAGCUCCUCCAUGCUGCUGAGCUGAGCAGCCAGCUUGUGACCAACGUGCUAAGUCACAGGAGGAUCUUCCAGGAACUCCAAAAUGUACUCAUUGGGGAUGCCACAAACAUCCAGGCACAGCUGAAGUGGCUUCAAGAAAAUGUACCAGAAAUUGCUUUCUUUCAAGAGAUUCCUCAGUAUAUGGCUACUUUGAAUUCCAUGUUGAACAUCACUGAGAGUUUAACAAACUUGAGCAAGCAAGAAAAGUUGAGGGAUGUGUUUAAAAAUGUGGAUCAGCUCAAAGAGGACCUCAGAAACACAACAGGAAUGUCCACAGCCAGCAUUGACGCUCUUCUGGAAGCAUCUUUCCCAGAAAACAGCAGUCAGCUCCUCUCUCAGGUGCUGCAGCUGGAGUCCUGCAGCGCCCAUCCCGAGGACCCACAGCUGCAAGUGGUGGUGCAGGAGCUGUGCAGCCUCCCUCUGCCAGAGAGGACUCGCAGGACCUACCUCCUUGGGGUCACCCUGUUGAGACACUUGGACAUUUACAAUUUCUUAUACAAGAUGUUUUUCCCCAAGGAACUUCAGAAACCCAUGGACAAGAUAUUAGGCCUUCUGACAAAAAUGGAAUAUUUCAGACACCAGGUUGAAUCUGGCAUUGAUCCAUUGCUACAAGCUAUUCAUUCCCUGAAAAAGCUCCAACAGUCCAGGAAAAUGCCACUGACUAAGGCGUUAUUUAAACCAAACAACUUCGGGAUAACACAUGGCACUUUUAAAUCCAUGUCAAAAGUCCUCUGCAACCAGGAGAUCACACCCCUGUUUUUUGAGUCUUUGCUUCCAGACUUUGGAGACCCCGUAAGCAACAGUUCUCAUGCAGAGGAUGUCUAUGUCCAAAAGAUGAUGAGGAAAUAUGGGAUUCCUCGGAAUUCCACCCCAUUUUGCUUAUCCUUUUACCUGGACCUGGUCAAGACCCCCACUGGAGCUCUGAUUUGGUCUUUCUUAAAACCAAUGGUGCUUGGGAAGAUCCUUUUCACACCAGAUACCCCAGAAACUCGAGCAAUCAUGGGAAAGUCAAAUGCAACCCUGGAGCAGAUGGCUGAGUUAGCCCUGAAGUCCCAGGAGUGGCUGGACCAGUCUCCUGUCAUCAUGAAUUCUCUGACUAAGUUAAACCAGACAGUUCCAAUGAUCAAGAACGCCCUGCAGAAUCCCUUUGUGCAGGUUUUUAUCAAACUGAUGGUGAAUCUGGAUGCAACUGAGCUCCUGAGUCAGAUAAAUGAACUGGAUGAUAUCCGGCUGGAAUUGCAGAACAAUGCCGACGUUGUCGACCAGCUGAACACUUUGGCUGCCCUGGCUGUGAAUGUGUCCUCCUGCGUCUCCUUCAACCGCAUCCGGCCAGUGCAGGACUUGGACGAGAUGGAAGCGGUGGCCAAGGAGCUCUUCCUGAAGAAUGAGCUGUUUGCAAGUAUAAUUUUCAAGCUGCCUUCAAGGGCUGGCCACUCAGUUCAUGGGGGCCUGUCCCUCCCUCCUGUGCUCAACUACACCAUCCGAAUGAGCAGCAGGAUAACUCAAACCACCAACAGGAUCCGGGAGCGCAUCUGGACUGUGGGCCCGCACAACUCCACCUCCCAGAGCCAGAUUUACAGCCGGGCCUUCAUCUACAUCCAGGACAGCAUUGAAAGGGCCAUUAUUGAGCUGCAGACUGGCAAGAAACCAGAGGAAAUAGCUGUUCAGGUCCAGGCCAUGCCUUACCCCUGCUACAACAAGGAUAUGUUCUUAACCAGCGUGACCUACUCUCUUCCAUUUGCUCUGAUGGCUGCCUGGGUGCUGUUUAUAGCUGAUUUUGUUAAAACACUUGUUCAGGAGAAAGAUCUGAGGCUUUAUGAGUACAUGAAGAUGAUGGGUGUCAAUGCCAGCAGCCAUUUCAUUGCCUGGUUCAUCGAGUGUGCCAUCUUCCUCCUGAUUACUGUCACCUUCCUCAUUGUUGUUCUGAAAGUGGGUCAGAUCCUUCCCAAAACAGACACAGCACUCCUCUUCCUGUACCUGAUGGACUACAGCCUGUCCAUCAUAGCCAUGAGCUACUUCAUCAGUGUUUUCUUCAACAACACCAACAUCGCGGCCUUGGUGGGCAGCCUGGUGUACAUCCUCACCUUCUUCCCCUUCAUCGUGCUGCUCGUCAUCGAGAACCACUUGAGCUUCUCUGUCAAGAGCCUCCUGAGUCUGUUGUCUCCAACUGCCUUCAGUUAUGCAAGUCAAUACAUUGCUCGCUAUGAGGCACAGGGCAUAGGACUGCAGUGGGACAACAUGUACAAGUCCCCAAUGAUUGGAGAUAACACUUCCUUUGGCUGGAUGUGCUGGCUCAUUCUGAUAGACUCCUUCAUUUACUUCAUCCUGGGGUGGUACAUAAGGAAUGUUUUCCCAGGUAGAUAUGGCAUGGCUGCUCCCUGGUACUUCCCACUGCUUCCAUCUUACUGGAUUGAAUACAACAGCUACCUGCCCUUCUGGAAUGAGAAACAAAGAGGCCUGCUCUUCUCCAAGCUGAUGUUAAGGAAAGAAGUCACCCUCCCCAACAAGAUAUGUGCCCCCCACCCUCACGUGGAACCGGAGCCCACCGACCUCACCUUGGGAGUCUCCCUCCAUGGCAUAACAAAGGUUUAUGGAUCCAAAGCUGCAGUGAACAACCUCAGCCUCAACUUUUAUGAAGGGAAUAUCACUUCCCUGCUGGGACACAAUGGAGCUGGGAAAACUACAACCAUAUCUAUUUUGACUGGGUUGUUCCCUACGUCAUCAGGCACGAUCUUUGUGUAUGGCAAAGACAUCAGGACUGACCAGGAGGUGAUCAGGAAGAACAUGGGGGUGUGCAUGCAGCACGACGUGCUCUUCAACUACCUCACCACCAAGGAACACCUGCUUCUCUAUGGCUACAUCAAAGUCCCUCACUGCAGCAAACAAGAGCUCUACCAAGAAGUGAAGAGGACUUUGAAGGAGACUGGGCUGUACAGCCAUCGUCACAAGCUGGCUGGCACCCUGUCUGGGGGGAUGAAGAGGAAGUUAUCCAUAGCUAUUGCUCUCCUGGGGGGAUCCAGGGUGGUGAUUCUGGAUGAACCAACCACAGGGGUGGAUCCGUGCUCCCGGAGGAGUAUUUGGGAAAUCAUCUCCAAGAAUAAGAAUGGCAGAACCAUCAUUCUCUCCACACAUCACCUGGACGAAGCAGAAGUUCUGAGUGACCGGAUUGCUUUCCUAGAGCAUGGAGGGCUCAAAUGUUGUGGCUCACCUUUCUACCUCAAGGAAACCUUUGGGGAUGGCUACCACCUGACCCUUACCAAAAAGAAGAACAUGAUAGAGGAAUGUGACACCACAGCAGUGACCUCCUUGAUCCAGUCCUAUCUCCCAGAGGCUUAUCUCAAGGAGGAUAUUGGUGGAGAGCUCGUGUAUGUGCUUCCCCCUUUCAAGUCCACUGUGUCAGGGGCCUACCAGGCCCUUCUCAGAGCCCUGGACACCAGCUUGAAUGAUCUUCACCUGGGCUGCUACGGGAUUUCCAACACAACUGUAGAAGAGGUGUUCCUCAAUCUGACAAAAGAGCUAGUGAAGGACCAUCAAGAAGAUGUUGCACUGCCCCAUCAGCUGCCUGGAGUCAGUGGUCACACUGGUGGUGACGAAAUGUCUCUGAGCACAGACACCUUCACAGAAAGAGACGACCAGCUCCUGAUCAGGUCCAAGAGCCUGCGGGGUUUGCCGCUGCUGCUGAAGAGAACCUCAGCCCUGUUCAUCAAGAGGUUCCACCACACCCGCCGGGACGUCCGCGGCUUCAUCGCCCAGGUCAUCCUCCCCGUGCUCUUCGUGAUGGCUGCCAUGGGCCUGGGGACACUGAGGACCAAGGAGACCGAGUACCCCGAGCUGCUGCUGUCCCCCUCCCUGUAUGGCACGGCCGACCAGGCAGACUUCUUUGGGAAUUUUAAUGAAACCACAGCUGCUUUAGUUUCUUCGAUGCUGGCUUUCCCUGGGACAGAUAACACGUGCAUGAACGAAAGCAAUUCGCAGUGUCUAACAGAGGACAUGCUUGGCCAGUGGAUUACCAGUGGAAACCAGAGAACUAAGUAUUCUGCCUGCAACUGCACAGAUGGCAUCCAGACGUGUCCACAGACAAACUACACUCCCCCUCACAGGAGGACCUUCUCCACACGGACACUUUACAACCUGACAGGGCACAAUGUGGAGACCUACAUCCUGGCAACCACCAGAGACUUCCUGCAGAAACGGUAUGGUGGCUGGAGCUUCGGGCUGCCUUUGACAGCAGAUCUGCAGUUUGACAUCAAGCCAGUGCCCCCCAACAGAACACUGACUAAGGUGUGGUACAAUCCUGAGGGUUAUCACAGCCUCCCAGCUUAUCUCAACAGCUUGAACAACUUCAUUCUUCGAGCCAACUUGCCAAAAAAUGAGACUUCCAGAUAUGGUAUUUUCCUAUCAGCUCACCCAUAUCCUGGAGGACAGAGUCAAGAACAAGUAAUGCUCAACAGUUUACUGGACAUCAUAGUGUCCAUGUCUGUUUUGGUUGGCUACUCCAUCACCACAGCAAGCUUUGUGCUCUACAUGGUCAAGGAGCACCAAACCAAAGCCAAGCAGCUGCAGCACAUUUCAGGCAUUGGGAUGACAACCUACUGGGUGACCAACUUGGUUUAUGAUCUGGUACUUUUUAUGGUCCCUAUUGGACUCUCAGUAGGAGUUAUUUCAGCCUUCCAGAUCCCAGCUUUCUGCAACAACAGUAACUUAGUGGCAGUAUUUCUUCUGCUGUUGCUCUUUGGAUAUGCAUCAUUUUCCUGGAUGUACCUGCUGGCUGGGCUUUUCAAGGAAACAGGGAUGGCCUUCAUUGUUUAUGUCUGUGUCAACCUGUUCUUCGGCAUCAACACCAUUAUCACUCACUCUGUUGUGUUCCUGCUCUCCCAGGAAAAGGCCACAGACCAGGGCUUGCGUGAUCUUGCUGAAAAUUUAAGGCAUGUGUUCCUUCUGUUCCCACAAUUCUGCUUUGGCUAUGGCUUGAUUGAACUGUCUCAGGAUCAGGCACUGCUGGGCUUCUUAAGGGCCUAUGGAGUGGACUACCCUGACAAAACCUUUGAGCUGGACAAGACCACGUCCAAGCUGCUGGCCAUGUUCAUCCAGGGCACCGUGUUCUUUGCCAUUCGACUCACAGUUCAUGACAGGAUGGUUCAGAGAGUCUGGAACAACGUCCUGGAGUUCCUAUUUGACAGAGUCCAUGGCAAAGCCUCCCUUCUGCCCCCCGUGGCCGUGGAGGAUGGGGAUGUCCAGGCUGAGAGGAGCCGGGUGGAGUCUGGCAAAGCUGACUUUGACGUGGUGCAGCUCCAGAACCUCACCAAGAUCUACCACCUCCCUCACAAACGCAUCACAGCAGUGAAGAACAUCAGCCUUGGGAUCCCUGCUGGGGAGUGCUUUGGCUUGCUUGGUGUGAAUGGAGCUGGAAAGACAACAAUCUUUAAGAUGCUGACAGGGGAUAUUGGAGCAUCCAGUGGAAGGCUGCGGGUCCAGGAUCAUUCUGGGUCCUUGAAUGACAUCAGUGAGGCCCACUGGUCACUCUUUGGCUACUGUCCUCAAGAAGAUGCCCUGGAUGACCUGCUGACCGUGGAGGAGCACAUGUAUUACUACGCUCGGCUGCACGGCAUCCCGGAAGGGGACAUCAAGGGAGUUGUACUCCAGCUCCUCCACCGGCUGAACCUGAUGGCCUACAAGGACAGAGUCACCUCUAUGUGCAGCUAUGGCACCAACAGGAAAUUGUCAACUGCUCUGGCUCUCAUUGGCAAUCCAUCCAUUCUGCUGCUGGAUGAGCCAAGCUCUGGAAUGGACCCGAAUGCCAAACGCCACCUUUGGAAAAUCAUCAGUGAGGAAGUGCAGAACAAAUGCUCGGUGAUACUCACGUCCCACAGCAUGGAGGAGUGUGAAGCCCUCUGUACCAGGCUGGCCAUCAUGGUGAACGGGAGUUUCCAGUGCAUUGGCUCUUUGCAGCACAUCAAGAGCAGAUUUGGAAGAGGAUUUACUGUGAAGAUGCACCUAAACAGCAGCACAGUUUGCACUGAGAAGCUGACAGAGUUCAUGAAGUCACACUUCCCAAAUACAUGCCUGAAGGAUCGGCAUUUCAAGAUGGUGGAGUACCACGUUCCUGUCUCUGCAGGAGGAGUAGCCAAUAUAUUUGAUCUCCUGGAAGGCAGCAAAGCAGCCUUCGACAUCAGGCACUUCUCUGUGAGUCAGACAACGUUGGAGGAGGUUUUCAUCAACUUUGCUAAAGAUCAAGCAGAUCCUGAUGGCGCGGACGCAGGUCCUGAUGUGACGCUGGACAGCUCUGACACCAGUAGCCAGGCUAGCACCAUAAGCUCCAUCUAUUGA